CCUCGCCCUCCGGUUGCUUACUUUGUGAUUCAACCCCUUUUUGCAUAGAGUGGUCUGCCUCACUGACAUCGUAUUCUUGUUUUAUUCGGUAAAGAAAUAAUCACUGAGAAGCGCCUCUGGGGAUUAAUUUGUUAAAUCUCUUUAAGAUAUAUUGCCUUGGAUAUAACUAUAUAUCCUAGAGAUUCUGGUACUUCCGUUAUAUUCAAUACCCUGGCUGGCCCCUUUCUCUCCGACCACUCACAUCAUGGCGCCUCGUGGCCGUGGGAAGUUCUCCAAGCCUUCGCGAGGAGGUGGGAAACACUUUAGUCGCGAUGUUCAACCAGUCGACAAGCACGGUAAUCCCGUCGGUCUAUGGAGAGAACCAGACGAUGAUGCCACAGCUUCCUCACAAGAGGAGGGCGGUGAGGAGGAGGAGGAGGAGGAGGAGGAGGAAGUGUCCGGAUCAGAAGAAGAAUCCUCAACGGAAGAAGCCAAACCUGGAUCCAGCUCUCCCGCAGGUCCAGAGAUGACUCGUGAGGAGCGCCGGGCAGCAGCCAAAGCCAAGAAGCAAGCUGCUAUAGCGAAACGGAAUCAGGUCCAACCUGGCGAUCUGCCACCGUCUGAUUCGGAGUCAGAAAAUAGCAGAGGUAGUGAUGGGGAUGAAGAAUUGCCCUCAAAUCCGAACCACACGGCCAAGUCUCGCUCGCAGCUAAAGGACUCAAAUCCGGACAAAGACAUGUCACAGUUGUCGAGGAGAGAACGCGAAGCCAUUGAGGCUCAGCAAGAACGUGAACGCUAUCUGAAACUGCACGCUGAGGGUAAAACAGAGGAGGCUCGUGCAGAUCUGGCUCGUCUAGCUAUCAUUCGGGAGCGACGAGAGGCAGAGAGGUUACGGAAGGAAGCUGAAAAAGAAGAGAAGGCAGAGCUAGCCAAGCAGCGGGCUGCAGAGAUAGAGGCAAAGCUGAACGUGAAGAAGAAAGGUGGUCCAAAGAAAAAAUAAAUGAAACAGACAGCCUGCCUUGGCUUGGAUACCGAG